AUGACCUUUCUUCAAAGAAUGCAAGCGCAGCUUUCUAACGUACAAGACCUUGUGCGUGAAAUAAACACAGAAAAAGAAAGCAAAACAGUCAAGGCCCGAAACUGCGCUGACCUUUUCAAGUCUGGUGAGAGAAUCAGUGGAGUGUACACUAUAUACCCGGGUAGCAGCCACGGUACUUUCGACGUUUAUUGUGACCAGAAAACAGCUGGUGGAGGGUGGACAGUGAUUCAGAAGAGAUUGGACAGCUCAGUAGGUUUUUAUCGCGACUGGGCCGACUACAAGCGUGGCCUCGGUGACAUGAAUAGCGAGUUCUGGCUUGGGUUGGACAAGAUGAAUCAGUUUACCGAGGCAGGUAGGAACAGAAUUCGAAUAGAGCUGGAAGACACUAAGACACUAAGACACUAA